UAGUUGGUGGAGAGCCGGAAAGAAAGAGGGGGAGGGGCCGGGCCCGGCAGCCGGAGGGAGCCGCGGAGCAGCCGCCACCGUCGCCGCUGCUGCCACCGGGACCCCAGGGAGUAAGAUGGCUGAAAUCAGUGACCUCGACCGCCAGAUUGAACAAUUACGACGCUGUGAGCUCAUCAAAGAGAGUGAGGUCAAAGCCCUCUGUGCCAAGGCGAGAGAGAUCUUGGUGGAGGAAAGCAAUGUCCAGAGAGUAGAUUCUCCAGUAACGGUCUGUGGGGAUAUCCACGGCCAAUUCUAUGACCUUAAGGAACUUUUCAGGGUGGGGGGUGAUGUGCCUGAGACCAACUAUCUCUUCAUGGGAGACUUUGUCGACCGUGGCUUCUACAGUGUUGAAACAUUCUUGCUACUGCUAGCCCUUAAGGUCCGCUACCCUGACCGGAUCACCCUGAUCCGUGGCAACCAUGAAAGCAGGCAGAUCACCCAGGUAUAUGGGUUCUAUGAUGAAUGUCUGAGGAAAUAUGGCUCUGUCACUGUGUGGCGAUACUGCACUGAGAUCUUUGACUACCUCAGCCUCUCUGCAAUCAUUGAUGGCAAGAUUUUCUGUGUCCAUGGUGGUCUCUCCCCAUCCAUCCAGACACUGGACCAGAUCAGGACGAUAGACCGCAAACAGGAAGUUCCUCACGAUGGCCCCAUGUGUGAUCUUCUUUGGUCUGACCCUGAAGACACUACAGGAUGGGGGGUGAGCCCUAGAGGGGCUGGCUACUUAUUUGGCAGUGAUGUGGUGGCACAGUUCAAUGCAGCGAACGACAUCGACAUGAUCUGCCGAGCGCACCAGCUAGUCAUGGAAGGGUACAAGUGGCACUUCAACGAGACGGUUCUCACUGUUUGGUCAGCUCCCAACUACUGCUACCGCUGUGGGAAUGUGGCAGCCAUACUGGAACUAGAUGAACACCUUCAGAAGGAAUUUAUUAUCUUUGAAGCAGCCCCUCAAGAAACUCGGGGCAUCCCAUCUAAGAAGCCUGUUGCGGACUACUUCCUGUGAAUGCUCCUCCCAUUUCCAUUGUGCAGUUUCUGUUUUCUAUCGUGGCUGGGGCGGGCAGCCCUUUUUCCAAGUCUGGCAGGGUUCAGGUUUCUCUCUUUCUGAUCUCUUCCCCACCCCCUUCCCCCCACCCCCAUGCCCAAUAAAUCCUCAGUUCUGGACUCCUGAGUCUGAAUUGGGUAUAUUUUUCCACAUUAUUGUAUCCUAGCCAGUCUCUCUACCCUUUGUGGUCUUUUUAAGGCUGCCCUAAUGUUUAUUCCCCACCUACAAUGCUGCUUGGGAUGUCUGGUUAUUGGAGAAACCCAGAACUCUCUUGUUCCCGUAACACUCUUUGCAAAAGAAUCAAUCUAGGAAUGCAGAGAAUGGUAGCCCUAAAGUCCCCUGGUUUCAUAGAGGAACUGCUGAUAGCUUCCUUGUUAAGCUGUCUGGCUUACAUGUAGUGCGUCUCUACUCCCUAGAAGUACUGGAAACUUAGUUGAGAGAGAGAGAGAGAGCUGGAUUUAAAGUACACCCCCUUCCCCCCAAUCCAGUGGCCAAAAUAUUAAAUUCCCUGGGAGGGAAAAGUCUCUGAACUAGUUCUGUCUCUUUAAGAGGAAGUGGGAAGUACCUUUCUGGUCAGCUGACCAUGGAACUCUGUGGAUUAAGUGCCAUUCUAAUACAUUUAAAGCAGCCAACACAAGAAGUGCUUCAAACCUUGCUGUGUCUGGUUGCUGGAAGACCUAGAACAUAGGUUUCUCAGCAUUUCAGUGUGUAGUCUGCUUAAACUACAUGGAAUGGGUUAACCAGAAAGGACUUUUUUUUUCAAAGCAUGCUACCACCUCUUAAAAACUACCUGGGCAGUGUCAGAUUAAACUGUCUCCAGUUAUUGCUCUAGAAGUUGCAAAUGGUGGUAGUCUUUCUGGUCAUUGGAGGUUCCAGGUAUCUAUGGAAUCCAUUCAGGUCUGGAAGUGGAGUUAUUAAACAUUUGUCAACCUGAUCUAUAUCCUGCCUCCCCUUCUUCCUGCCUGCCUGUUUUCCCUGGGUGGGGAGAUUGGGACCACAUCACACUGAAGGAUUUGACCAAUGGGGUGCAGUUUUAUUCUCUCCCCCCUGACCCCCCUCCUGUGGGGAUGGUGUAUCCAAAUCCCAUCCACCCCAAGGGUCAAAAUCCCCCACCCUUCCCUUUAUUCCUUUGAAAAAGGGUAUUCUCUGUUCAGAUAUCUGUUUAGAGUUAGAAGGGGUGGGCAGCUUCCUGCCACUUUUCCUACGUCUAGGAGGGGUUUUCCCUUCCAUCUCCUGUGAUCUCUCUUGUCUAAUCUUAUUUUGUUUUCAUUUGGUUUUUUUUCCUAUUUACAACUUUUUAGAUAAAAA